AUUGACAACCGUGUGCCUAUUGAAAUCACUGUUAAUUUCCUCCUCUUUACACGUCGUUCUGUUGCAGUCCUGCUUAAAUUCAUUAUCCAUUUAUAUCGAUCUCCUAAGAUCUUUUAUCUUUCUUGUUAGAUGGGAGCACUAAAGGAGCUUGUGGAAGAAGGAAAGAUCAAAUAUGUUGGAUUAUCGGAGGCGUCAGCAUCAGCCAUCAGAAGAGCUCAUGCUGUGCACCCAUUAACAGCUAUACAACUCGAAUGGUCCUUGUGGACAAGAAAUGCAGAAGAAGAAAUCAUUCCUACAUGCAGAGAACUUGGGAUCGGGAUUGUUACAUACAGUCCUCUAGGACGGGGUUUCUUCUCAUCUGGUCCAAGGAUUGUUGAGAAGUUGGAAGAUGGCGACUUACGUAAGGUUUGUUGGUUAACUUUUUUCAAUAUAUUUUCCAUUCAGCUCACCUCCAUUCCAAUUUGUUAGAGUUAAGCUAGAUACUUUGUAAAUAUUAUCUAAUUAUAAUCAGUUAGUUGGUGUUUAUAGUAAAAGUCGUUAUCAGUUAUGUAACCGUCCUAAUGAAUGGACGUGAUGGUUAGGGAUGUUAGGGACAUAUAAAUAUGUAAACUCUGUGAAUUAAUAAACGAGUUGAC